AUGGCGGCCGCAGACGUGGACAUUGGCUACGUCGCAGGCCACCUUGGCCUCGAUCAGCCUGUCGUCGCGUCAUUGACGACCGAACCGACCGUUGACCUCGUAAAUAUCUUGCUUCAGGCCGUCGCAGCCAAAGCGCACGAGUUUGACACUCUUUACGCCGAAAAGCUUCAAGCCGACAUUGAGCUCGAGAGCGCGGCGCGCAGCUCUGAAACGCGAUCGCAAACUUUCAAGGCUACUGCGGAUAAGGCCCUGAAGGAUGUCGAAGAGGCCAGGCAGCAACUGAAGGAUGAAGAAACCAAGCGACAAUCAGUUGAAAACGAACUUCAAGUCUUUAAAUCCAAGAAGUCUGAUUACGAUGCCGAGAUUAAGGCUCUCAACGAUAAGAUUGAAACUCUUCAGUCAUCGAACCGAACCAAUUUGAGCAUCAUCGAAUCGAACAACAAACGCGACCAGACUAUUACCGAAGAACUUACCAAGCAGCAUCAGCGAAACGUUGAACUCUCUCGCGAGAUUACCGCUCUGCAACAGUCAGAGCAGAAUGCGCGAGGCCAGCUCAGCAGCGCCAAGUACCGAGAGGAAUCACUCCAGCAACAGCUCGAUCUUGCCCGAAAGAACAGCGAAUGGCUAGAGAACGAACUCAAGACCAAGAGUGAGGAGGGCCUCAAGUACCGAAAGGAGAAGGGCGCUCGCAUUGCUGAGCUGCAAAGACAAAAUGAAGACAUCCAAUCACAGGUCGAUGCCCUCAAGCGAACUGAACAGCAGCUCCGCGAGCGACUCGAUGCUAUGCAGUCCAAGGCCGACGAAGCUCUAGUGAAGCUUCAGAAGCAGGAGGGUACUCACGCCCAGACGAUCGAGAGUUACAAACACGAGCUUGAGGCUCAGAAGCGACUUGUCGAAAUGUCUGAUCAGCUGAGCAAGAAACACCAAGAACGAGUGCGUGACCUCGAGGCUGAGAAGGAGCGACUUCGAGACAACUACGAGAACGAACUUCGACGUGUUCGAGUCGAGCUCGAGCAAGAGCGCGAGAGUUCUUCACAGAUGGAGGAGCGAAUCAACCAGCUCCAGGCCGAAAUCGACGAGCUCCAAGUGCGAGUUGAGCAACAAGCGCCUGCACCUCCUGCCGAGUCUGCACCACAGACUCCUCGUGCCAAUGGCUCUCUUAUGCGACCCUCCUCUCCCUUCGCGACACCUGGUUCUAUCCGAGCCAAGGGUGCCAUUACCGCCACACAGGCUCUUGACCAACUGUACCAAGUCAAGGGCCAGCUGGCUACUGAGCGACGUCGUAACCAGCAGCUCUCCGAGGAGUUGGAUAAUAUGAUGUCUGCUUUGGAGGCCAAGGCGCCUGAGAUGCAAGAGCUUCAAGCCGAGGCUGAUCAACUUCGAGAAGAGAUUACUCGCAUGUCGGAGCUUUCUCAGGACAGCUAUAAGGAGCGUGACAAUGCCAAGAAGGCUGCGAGAAAGGCUGAAGGUGCACUUGCAACAGCACAGUCCGAGACCAAAAUUCUCCGCGUUCAACUACGUGACCUGGGUACCCAGAUCAACAUGCUCUUGUUCCAGAUCCACGCCAUGGAGAAGGGUAUGGAUCAGCUUACCGAGGACGAGACUUACCGCCUUCAGCAACUGCAGAAGGGAGAGAUUUCUGAAGAUUCUCUAUCAGACAUGUCCGACACUCACCAGUUCAUUACCCAGAAGUUAGUUGUGUUCAAGGACAUCCAAUCCUUACAAUCUAAGAAUGAGGAGCUUCUGCGUAUUACUCGUGAGCUUGCCGAUCAACUUGAAAGCGAAGAGGCACUUGCAGAGAAGCACCAGGCUAAGCAAGACCACGAUAUGGUUGAGAAACUCCAGCAAGAGCUGGCUCACAUGACCGAUGAGACAAGGUCAAUCAAGAAGACCAUGGACAGCUACAAGACCGAGCGAGACAUGUUCCGACGACUUUUGCAACAACGAGGCGGCGAUGAAGCUUCAAUGAUGCGAAACUCUAUUGCUGGUGGUGAGCGCUUGCCUUUGGCUAGUAUCGAGGCAACCGAGCAAACCGAGGCUCUCAACGAGGCUAUUCGCAAGCUUCAGUCCGAAUACGACAACUACCGCGACGCUCAGGACGGAGUCCGUAAGGAUCUGCGCGACCAAAUCGACACAUUGUCUGCUGAACGAAACGCCCUUCAGACUGACAAGGUCAAGCUUCAAGCCGAGACUCGCCUUGAAUCCGAGAGACGCGAGAUGUUGCACACCAACUUUGUCGCCCUCCAGAAUGAGAACCAGGAGCUUCAGAAGCGUAGCCAGAUUUUGUCCGAAACAGCCGCUAAGCAGGAUAUCCGAACACAACAAGUUGCCGAGGAGCUGAUUGAAGCUAAGGGUCUCCUCGACAGCGUUCGUAACGAGACUGCCAAUCUCAAGGCUGAGAAGAAACUGUGGAAGGACAUUCAAGACAGGUUGAGCAAGGAUAACGAAAAUUUGAUUGAGGAGAAGAACCGCCUCAACAACCUACUUGCCACUCAACAGUCGCUCGAGAAUGAGCGCAACAUGGCUGAAUCCGAGGCACGACGUAAAGCCCAGGCCAAGAUUGAAAGUCUUGAACAGGAUCUUAGCGACGCCCAGAGAAAGCUGAACUACGAGGCGGAGGAGACGAAGAAGCUGCAGCUUAGGAAGGAGUAUGAGGCCAAGGAGUCACAGAAGCGAAUUGAUGAGCUCAUGACAAGUUUGAGUCAAAUUCGUGAGGAGCACGUCGCUGUUAAGACCAGCAGGGAUCAUCUCCAGGCUCGUGUUGAUGAGUUGACCGUUGAGUUGCGAAAUGCCGAGGACCGAGCUGGGCGCCUUCAGCCUCGACCUACUCCUCGACCUGGCACCAUCGAGAACGGCGAGCAACAACAGCAACUCGAGAACGAAAUCCAGGAGCUCAAUGUUGAGAUAUCCGACCUUAAGCGUGACCUGGAUAUGGCCAAUACCCAUCUGGAGAAUGCCAAGGCCCAGGCUGAGCAAUUCAAGGAGCUCAGCCAGGCUAACGAAGAAUCUCUCGAGGACUUGCGGGGAUCGCAAGAGCAGUAUCGUCAAGAGAUGGAAACCCUUAUCGAAGAGAAGGAUGCCAAGAUCAAGGAGCUUGGCCAGCGAGUGGAGGACAUGUCGGCUGAGCUGUCUCGCUCAAACACUGAGCUCUCUAGCCUUCGUGAUUCCCAGGGUGAAGUUGCACGACGAUAUGAGGAUGAGAAGGCGAUGUUGCAAGAAGAGGUGAACCGACUCCAGGAGGAAAGCGCUCGACACUUGGAGGCUACCCGAUACCAUCAGCAGGAUCUCCGUUCCCAGGCUGAAAUUGCUUCCAAGGCCCAGCAGGAUUACGAGAAGGAACUCGUGAAGCAUGCUGAGGCUGCCAAGCUCGUCCAACAACUGCGAACCGAACACAACGCCCUCAAGAGCGAGGCCGCAGCUUUGAGAUCCGAGGCUGACUCCGCCAAGGUUACUCUUGCUCAGAGUGAGAGCUCUUGGGAGGAUCGCCGCCAACAACUCGAACAAGAGAUGGCCGAGGUCAAGCGCCGACGCGAGGACGUGAACUCACAGAACAAGAUCCUUCACCAGCAGCUGGAGGGCUUAACUGCACAAGUCGCUGCGCUCCAGCAGAAGCGUGCUGGUGGCGAGGAGCAGGAUGAUGAUGAAAGGAUGUCUCCCGUGCCUUUCGGCGACGCUACCGAAGGCCUGCGUGAACUCAACAGUUAUCUUCGACGCGAAAAGGAAAUUCUCGAGGUUCAGUAUGAUCUCAAGACUCAGGAAUCCAAGAGACUUCAGCAACAGCUUGAAUACACACAGUCUCAGCUGGAUGAAGCACGCCUCAAGCUUGACCAGGAGCGUACACAGACUGCUCAAAGUGGCAAGACAUCCAUGACACACAAAGACCUGAUGGAGAAACUGAAUGAGUUGAACAUCUACCGUGAGAGCAGUAUGACACUGCGAAACGAGAACCAGCAUCUCAAGGACCAACUCACUGAAAAGAAUCAAAGGAUUGAGGAGAUGGAGGCUCGUAUCCAGCCACUGGAGGCCGAGAUUGACACACUCAAGACCCAGAAGCAAUUCGUGGAGGAAGAGAUGAAGGGAAUGCAGGAGGAUCGUGAUAGGUGGCGAAAGCGCACUGAGGGUAUCAUGAGCCAGUACGGACGAGUCGACCCUGCCGAGAUAGAUCAACUCAAGGAGAAGAUUACCGAGUUGGAGGCUGAGCGAGAUGCCUUGAAGCAGGGCGAAGAGCCCUUGAAGGCUAAGCUUGCCGAGGUCGAGGCUAACUUCGAGACCGAACGGGGCACCUGGACCGCUACACGUGCCAAGAUUGUUGAACAAGCCAAGGAACGGUCCAGGAAGCUUACUGGCGAGAAGAACGAGGCUAUUCAGCGAGCUACUCAAGUGCAGGAGAGCUUGGACCAGGCCAAUGCCGAACUCGAGAAUAUCAAGAAGGAGGCGGAGGAGUCCAAGAACCAGAAGUCUGAGUUGGAGCAACAAAUCCAGAACUUCCAGAAGGAGGUUGAGCAACUACGACAACAAGCACAGGCCACUCAAUCUACGCCUGCGGCUGCUCAGUCCAACGAAGCUUCGGUAUCUUCCGAGAUUGUCACUCAGCUCGAGCAGCAGCUCGCCGAAGCCCGUAAGGAGCUCGACGCUAUUAAUGGUCAGAAGCAGGGCGCUGAGCAGCAGCUCGAGACUCUUCGUAAUGAGCUGCAGUCGGUUAUCUCGGAGCGGGAUGAGGUGUCAAAGAAGCUGCAAGAGGCCACCAAUGCCGCUGCCCAACACACGCAGAGUGCUCCUGAGACUGCCACCCAAACUAACGAGCAAGCCCCUGCCGAGUCUACUGAAGCAUCUAAUGGCGUCUCGGAUGAGGAGAAGAAGGCUCUCGAAGAGAGGGUGUCAGCCGCCGAAGCCAAGGCUGCUGAAUACGAGCAGAAGGCCAAUGAAGUCGAGGCCCGAAUUCAAACCACCAUCAAGGAGCGCUCCGACAGGAUGCGGGAUACCUUGAACGCCAAGCUCAAGGAGAGCAGGCAACGUAUGGAGGACGAGUUCAAGAAGAGGAACGCAGAUCUGGAGCUUCAGUUCAAGCAAGAGAAGCAGAUCUGGCUAGCCGAAAACCCCAACGCCAAACCUAACGCAGAUGCUCCCAAGGCCGAGGCAACAGAACAACAGCCUCCUGCAACACCCGCUAAGGCUGAAGCUCCUGCUGUGCCUGCAACACCGGCGUCUGCUGGACCGGCCGACCUGUCACAGCUUGAUGAUGCCGGCAUCCGACAGUUCCUUUCGACAAACCCAACUGUUAAGAACAUUGUCGCAGCAAACAUUAAGAAGAAGCUGGAGGUUGAGAGCAACAAGUUGAAGACAGAGCUAGAGUCGACUCUCAAGAACGAGUACGAAUCCAAGAUUUCAUCAGCUCGAGAGCAGGCUCAGCUUAUGGAGUCGAAGAAGUCUACCUUGAGGAUUAACAUGGCGGAGAACAAGCUUAGAGCAGCCAAUGCCAAGAUUGGGGUAGUCGAGAAGGCGGCAUCUGAGACACCUCAAAAGCCUGUUGUUGAAGUUUGGGAUGUAGCGAAGACAGCGCAGGCACCUCCUCCUGUGCCGGCAGCAGCCAAGGCGGCACCUGCCAGGCAGGGCUCAGUAGCUGGCGUGCCUCCAUCUCCGGCGCCCGCAACACCUGCAAAGAGUACUCAACCAGCACCAACAACAACGCCUGCAGGAGCACCACCUGCAACGGAAGCCAAACCAGCCCAGGCACAGGCAGCGGCUCCAGCUACAAGUGGAAUCCCUCCCCCUAAGGCCAACAACCCCUUCGCAGCGUCUACAAACGCUGCCUCAACCUCUGCACCGAACCCAUUCGCUCCUAAGAACGAAGGUGGUGCUCCCGCUGUCAAGAACGAGAAUGGUGCGCCUCCUGCUGCUAAGGAGGGCCAGCCUCAAGCUCAGCAAGGCCAACAAGGCCAACCAAAGCAGCAGCAACAGGGUCAACAGCAGGGUCAGCAGUCAGUACGAACUGGUAUUCCAAUGCCUCGUGGUGGUGGACGAGGAAGAGGUGGAGCUUAUGUACCUCCCGGUCAGCGCGCAGCCAGUGGCACUCAAGAGGGCGGACAGGGCCAUGCUGGUCGUGGAGGACGAGGAGGACGUGGCGGUGCUCGUGGUGGAAUGAAUCCAGGUGCCAACGAUUUCCAACCUGGUAACAAGCGCCCACGAGGUGAUUCUGAGGUUGGUGGAGGAGCCAAGCGUGCUCGCGGAGCGCAUUAA